UUUUCAAUUCGAUUUGUUGUGAAAUGAUGAUUGGUGUUCGUGUUCAUAAUUUUUAAUAUUUUAAAAAGCAUUAGCCUCGAUGAUUACAAAUUAGUAUCGGCUAAUUAAUUACUGAAAUCUUUCGAGUGAAUGAUAUUUUAUAUACAUCUCUUAAAAUGUUGAGAAGACUUGUGCUUUUAUAUUUUCUAUUUUUACCUUAUUUCGUUGCACUUGAAGAAAGUGCAGUAUAUGAAUACAAUGCAAACAAUUUUAAAUUCCAAAUAGAAGAAAUGGAUGGCAAUUUUGUGAUGUUUUAUGCACCAUGGUGCCGCCACUGCACAGAGUUCCAUCCUAUUUGGUCUGAACUAGCUGAGCUUGUCAACACUAAAGAUUCAAAGUUUGCUAUUGCUCAAGUUGACUGUACAAUACACUAUAAAUUAUGUAACGAAAACGACAUCACAGGAUAUCCAACACUAUUAUAUUUCCAUAAGAAUACUUUCUCUCCAGUAGAGUAUAAGGGUACUAGGGACUUGCCUUCCCUAACAUUAUUUUUAAGUGAAGUCUUCACUAUGAAAUCAGAGGGUCUAGAUCAAGAAAAAGACUCCAGAGAAGUAAAAACAUACAGUGGUAUGGCUUACUUAAAUGAUCAGAAUAUUGAAAAGUUUGUGUCUAGAGGGCAACACUUUAUAAUGUUUUAUGCUCCAUGGUGUAAAGCAUCACAGAAACUAGCACCUAUAUGGGCUGAGCUAGCAGUGCAAUACACACAUAAUGAGUACAUUCAGAUAGGCAAGGUGAACUGCCUAGACAAUGAGAUGACUUGUAAGACUUUUGAUAUCAAACAGUAUCCAUAUCUUAUGUGGAUUGUCAAUGGUAGAAUUAUGGGUGUAGCUGAAGCGGAAACCAUAGAUGAUUUAAAAGCAUAUGUCGAAAAAAUGCUACUGACUGAGAAUCAUGAUCCUGACAAGUUCCUAAAGAAAAAGAAAGCCUUGCCAGUUGCCAGGAUAUCUGAAGAAACUUUUGAGACCUUUUUGGAAAAGGAAUUAGUUUUUAUAAAUUAUUUUGCACCUUGGUGUGCACAUUGUAUGCAAUUGAGCCCACUAUGGCUGAAAUUGGGUGAGCGUUUCCAAAACGAAACACGUGUUAUCAUCGCCGACGUCGACUGUGUCCAAUCCAAACCCAUUUGUGAAAUGGAGAAGAUAAAUGGCUUACCGACACUCAUUCUCUACAAGGACAAGAAGAUAGUGAAUGUAGAACAUGGCGGCCGGCCCCUUGAAAGUCUUAUUACUCUAGUCACAGAACACCUUCAAGAUACAAACACAAAUGCUGCGGCCGAGGAAACUACGUCAAAUGAGGACAUCAUGCAAACCAAAGAUGAACUAUAAAUAAUGUUAAUAGGUAGAUCAAUAAACAAAUUUGACAUAUAA